AUGGCAGCGCGCCCGCCGCUCGCGUCCCCCGCCCGCGCCCUCCUGCUCGCCCUGGCCGCGGUUCUGUUCGCGCCCCGCGCAGCCCGAGAGGAGCAUAGCCUGACAUCGGAUCAUCCAGAAGUGUUGAAUGUUCGAAUGCAAUUGGAAAGCAGAGAACUGGUCAUAAAUCUGGAAAGAAAUGAGGGCCUCAUUGCCAGUGGUUUCACGGAGACCCAUUAUCUGCAAGACGGUACUGAUGUCUCCCUCACUCGAAAUUACACGGGUCACUGUUACUACCAUGGACAUGUGCAAGGACAYGACGAUUCCUUGGCCAGCAUCAGUGCCUGUUCUGGUCUCAGGGGACUUAUUAUGUUUGAAAAUAAAACCUACAUCUUGGAGCCAAUGGCAAAUGCCACCGAUAGGUACAAACUCUUCCCAGCCAAGGACCUGAGGAGAAGCUGGGGCUGGUGUGGCUCCCAGCACAACACCUCUGGCCACCCUGCGGACGUGGUCCACCCCGCCACCCAGACGCCGUGGAGGAGGCAUAAAAGAGAGACCCUCAAGAUGACCAAGUACGUAGAGCUGGUUAUCGUAGCAGACAACAGAGAGUUUCAGAGGCAAGGAAAAGAUCUGGAAAAAGUUAAGCAGCGAUUAAUUGAGAUCGCUAAUCACGUUGACAAGUUUUAUAGACCACUGAACAUUCGCAUAGUGUUGGUGGGCGUGGAAGUAUGGAAUGACAUCGACAAGUGCACCAUCAGUCAGGACCCGUUUACCAGCCUCCACGAGUUUUUGGACUGGAGGAAAAUGAAGCUUCUACCUCGAAAAUCCCAUGACAAUGCGCAGCUCAUCAGUGGGGUCUAUUUCCAAGGCACCACCAUUGGCAUGGCACCCAUCAUGAGCAUGUGCACUGCGGAGCAGUCUGGAGGCGUGGUCAUGGACCAUUCAGACAGCCCCCUGGGUGCGGCCGUGACCCUGGCACACGAGCUGGGCCACAAUUUCGGGAUGAACCACGACACACUGGAGAGAGGCUGUAGCUGCAAAAUGGCUGCCGACAAAGGAGGCUGCAUCAUGAACCCUUCCACCGGGUUCCCCUUCCCCAUGGUGUUCAGCAGCUGCAGCCGGAAGGACCUGGAGGCCAGCCUGGAGAAGGGCAUGGGGAUGUGCCUCUUCAACCUGCCGGAGGUCAAGCAGGCUUUUGGGGGGCAGAAGUGUGGGAACGGAUACGUGGAGGAAGGCGAGGAGUGUGACUGCGGGGAGCCCGAGGAAUGUACAAAUCGCUGCUGCAACGCCACCACCUGCACCCUGAAGCCAGACGCUGUGUGCGCACAYGGGCUCUGCUGCGAGGACUGUCAGCUGAAGCCUGCGGGGACCGCGUGCCGGGGUUCGGGCAACUCCUGUGACCUCCCGGAGUUCUGCACAGGAGCCAGUCCUCACUGCCCGGCCAACGUGUACCUGCACGACGGACACCCGUGUCAGGGGGUGGAUGGCUACUGCUACAAUGGCAUCUGCCAGACCCACGAGCAGCAGUGUGUCACACUCUGGGGACCAGGUGCUAAACCCGCCCCCGGGAUCUGCUUUGAGAGGGUCAACUCUGCAGGUGAUCCCUACGGCAACUGUGGCAAGGACUCCAAGAGCUCCUUCGCCAAAUGUGACGUGAGAGAUGCUAAAUGUGGAAAAAUCCAGUGUCAAGGAGGUGCCAGCCGACCAGUCAUUGGUACCAAUGCUGUUUCCAUAGAAACAAAUAUCCCACUGCAGGAAGGAGGCCGGAUUCUGUGCCGGGGGACCCACGUGUACUUGGGUGACGACAUGCCAGACCCAGGGCUUGUGCUUGCAGGGACAAAGUGUGCAGAUGGAAAAAUCUGCCUCAACCGGCGGUGUCAGAACACCAGCGUCUUCGGUGUUCAGGACUGUGYAAUGCGAUGCCAUGGCCGGGGGGUGUGCAACAACAGGAAGAACUGCCACUGCGAGGCCCACUGGGCGCCUCCGUUCUGCGACAAGUUUGGCUUUGGAGGAAGCACUGACAGCGGCCCCAUCCGGCAAGCAGAUAACCGAGGCGUGACCAUAGGGACCCUGGUGACCGUGCUGUGUCUUCUCGCUGCUGGGUUUGGGGUUUAUCUCAAAAGGAGGACCUUGAUACGGCUGCUGUUUACCAACAAAAAAAMCACCUUCGAGAAGCUGAGGUGUGUGCGACCCUCCCGGCCACCCAGCCGCUCCCAGCCCGCGCAGGCUCAUCGCGCCCACCUUGGGAAAGGCCCAUCAAGCAGGCCACCGCACUCCAACAUACCGAAGGUGAGGGACAGGAGAUGGCCACAGGGGCAGAAUGUGGACAUCAGCAGGCCCCUCAACGCCCUGGCUGUCCCUCAGCCACAGUCACCGCGGCGAGUGCUUCCGCCCCUCCAGCAGGCCCCGCGGGCGCCCAGCGGCCCGGCCAGGCCCCUGCCGGCUGACCCAGUGCUCAGGCAGACCCAGGGCAUUCGGAAGCCCAACCCUCCUCAGAAGCCUCUGCCUGCUGAUCCUCUGAGCAGGACAACUCGGCUCACCAGUGCCUCCAGAAACCCAGGACAGCAGGAGCCAGGGCUCCGCCCUGCACCUACCAGACCUGCUCCUAAGUAUCCACACCACGUGCCCAGACCCACCCACAGCGCCUAUCCUCAGUGA